ACGUUUUUGCGUCAACCUUUUCUCUGCAUCGUAAUGCGAACCAUCGAAUCUAUAAACCAAUCUCAUCUUCAAACCAAAAUAAACAAACUGAAUCUCUCAUCACAUUUCCCACUUCCAUCAUCUCCUUCAUCUCAAUCCAUUUCAUUUCAAACAUGGACACUGAAACUAGUUCAGUCAAAAUGUUCUUCUUCCCCUUCGUUGGUGGAGGCCAUCAAAUCCCAAUGGUAGACACAGCAAGAGUCUUCGCAUCUCACGGAGUCACCUCAACAAUCCUAACCACACCUUCCAACGUUCACCAUUUCCAAAACUCAAUCACUCGCGACCAAACCUCUGGUCUCCCCAUCACCAUUCACCUCCUCACUGAACAAUCCCCCAUAACAGACACAGACAUGACCGCAGGCCCCAUGGUCGAUACCUCGUCCCUCCUCGAACCUCUGACACAGUACCUCGUUGAUCACCGACCUGAUUGUGUUGUUGUCGACAUGUUUCAUCGUUGGGCAGGUGACUUGCUACACGAGCUCGGAAUCCCACGAAUUGUCUUCACCGGAAACGGGUGCUUCCCUCGCUGUAUAGUUGACAAUAUGAGAAAGCACGACGUGCUUCAGAAUCUGAGUUCAGAUUCAGAGCCUUUUCUAGUUCCGGGUCUUCCUCAUAGAGUCGAGUUGACAAGGUCUCAGAUUCCCAUUUUCAUGCGGAACAUUUCUCAAGGACCUGAUAGGCUAAAGCAAUUAGAGGAGAAAAGUCUUGGCACUGUUAUCAACAGCUUCUAUGGAUUGGAGCCAGAUUAUGCUGAUUACGUUAGAAAUGAGUUAGGAAACAAAGCGUGGCUUGUAGGACCAGUUUCUCUUUGCAACAGAACUGUGGAGGAUAAAACAGAGAGAGGGAAGAAACCCACCAUUGAUGAACAGAGUUGCUUGAAUUGGCUGAAUUCUAAGAAACCCAAUUCUGUUGUUUAUCUCAGUUUUGGAAGCUUUGCUGGCAUGGCAGAAAAACAGCUCAAGGAAAUUGCUUAUGGCCUUGAAGCUUCUGAUCAAUCGUUCAUUUGGGUGGUGGGGAAGAUUCUCAACUCAUCAGAAAAUGGGUCUGAAAACUGGCUUCCAGAUGGGUUUGAACAGAGGAUGAAGGAACAGGGUAAAGGGUUGAUUCUGAGAGGUUGGGUACCUCAGAUUUUGAUACUGGAGCAUGAAGCAGUUGGGGGGUUUGUGACUCAUUGUGGGUGGAACUCGACGGUGGAAGGUGUUUGUGCGGGGGUUCCGAUGAUCACGUGGCCGUUGACGGCGGAGCAGUUUUUGAAUGAGAAGCUGAUAACGGAGGUGUUGAGGGUUGGGGUUCAGGUGGGGAGUAAGGAGUGGGGGUCGUGGGAGGGAGAAAGGAAAGAGGUGGUGGGGAGGGAGAAGGUGGAGGUGGCGGUGAAAAAGGUGAUGGUGAAGAGUGAAGAGGUGGAGGAAAUGAGAAGAAGGGUCAGAGAGAUUGCAGGGAGUGCUAGGAAAGCUGUUGAAGAAGGUGGAACUUCCUAUGGAGAUGUUGAUGCUUUAAUUCAGGAGCUUAAAGCUCGUAGAUUGGCUAGCCAUGUUUAGAUUGUUAAGUUAGCCCAUGGGGUUACUUGUUUUUACAUGUCAACUAGGUGUUUGUUUGGUUUUCAGCUAGGAAGUUUGUUUGAAGCAUUAGAAUCUGAGAUCACGAUUUUCAAUGCACAUUCAGCCAACAAAAUGCACUUGUUGAGUUGAGUAAAUGUGCUACCACAUUCACCAAACUGAAAACCAAACAGGCACUACGUCUAUGUUUAGACUCUUGAGGAUAUAAGAGCAUGUCCACAACAUAGUUGGUUGCUUAUCACGACCCAAAAUACCAUAUGAGUUAUAAGUAAUUGAUACAAAUUUCGUUUCAA